AAAUAACGAACAAAUGGACGGAAUAGCUAUAGAUUGAGAAUUUAGUCAGACAAAAGCAGCGGCUGUGAAUAGAGGUUUUUUUUUGUAUUGGGAAUAAAGAAAAGUGAUUGUAAAGAAAAUAAUACAUAAAGUGUUUAUUUUUUGUUAAAAAAGCUUCUUCGAAAUGUUCCAUCAACGCUUAUCAGUUUUAGCGUUGUCAGCGCUUCUAGUCACUGUAGCUGCCAUGCCACAGCAGCAACAAUCACAACAGACUGUAGAUCCAUCACUUGUCACCCUAGUCGACAGUGUUUUUGGUCAAAAUACUAAUCAACAACAGCAACAACAACGACCCACUAGUGGCUUUGGUGUUGUAGUAACACCUGUGCCCAUAGAUCAAACAGCACCUUCCGAUGAAUUUACCUCAAUUAGUGGCAGAGCCCAAUGUAAUUGUGUGCCCUAUCAUUUGUGUGAUCCAAACACUCAAACUUCGAUGCCAGUGGAUGAUGGAGCUUUUGAUGGUUUCGGUUUGAUUGAUAUUCGUUUCAAUAGGGAUUCAGAUGAUAAUGCUCCUACCUGUGAACAUUUCUUGGAUGUAUGCUGUGAUGGUGGUAAUACACGUAAUAUGAGUUUAACACCCACUCCACAAGAGAAUAGACCAAAUCGUCCCAAAGGCUGUGGUGUACGUAAUGUGGGUGGUAUUGAUUUCAAUAUAACUGGUGCUAAUGAUAAUGAAGCCGGUUUUGGUGAAUUUCCUUGGACUGUUGCUUUAUUGCAUUCCAUUAAUGCUAGUUAUUUCUGUGCCGGUUCCUUGAUUCAUCCUAGAGUUGUUUUGACGGCUGUCCAUUGUGUAUUGGAUCGUCCUUUGAAUAGUUUUGUUAUUCGUGCCGGUGAAUGGGAUACACAGACUAUCAAGGAACGUUUGCCUUUUGAGGAAAGAGGUGUAGCCCGUGUCGUUACACAUCCUCAAUAUAAUUACCGUAAUGUAGCCAAUGAUUUCGCUUUGGUUAUUUUGAAUUCACCUUUCACUUUGGGUGAUCACAUAAAUGUCGUUUGCUUGCCACCAGCUAAUAGUUCUCCAGCUCCUCGCACCACUUGCUACUCCACUGGCUGGGGUAAGGAUGUCUUUGGUGCGGCUGGUCGUUAUAGCGCCAUUAUGAAACGUGUUCCUUUACCCAUUGUCGAUUACUCAACAUGUCAGGCUCAAUUCCGCAGUACACGUUUAGGCCCCAGAUUUGCUUUGGAUCGUUCUUUCAUUUGUGCCGGGGGUCAACGCGGUAUUGAUACUUGUCAAGGUGAUGGUGGUGCUCCUCUCGUUUGCCCUAUUGGCUUAGAGUCUAGUCAACGUUAUCAACAGAAUGGUAUUGUAGCUUGGGGAAUUGGCUGUAAUGAUGAAAUACCUGCCGCUUAUGCUCAUGUUGCUUCGGCCCGCAACUGGAUCGAUGAUCAGAUGUAUGCUAAUGGUUUUGAUACUACUUCGUACUCUCCAAUCUAAAUUUAAUUAAAAAUAAUUCUAAAGCAAUAAAUACUUAAUAAAUUAUAUUAAAUAUUUAAUUAUAAAGAAAGUAA